AUGGAUGUAUUACUAUCGAUUUUUGGAACUUGCUUGCCUUGCUUCCCCACUUUAUCCUCUCCAUCAAUUAUAAUAAAUAACAACAAAUACCGCAUCAUUAGACUAUUAGGCGAAGGUGGAUUUUCGUAUGUCUACUUGGUGUCUUCUCAAAGCCAACCGUCAUCUCAAUAUGCUCUAAAGAAAAUUCGUUGUCCCUAUGGAAUUCAAGAUGAGAGUUUUAAAAAUGCUGUUAGAGAAAUUAAGAACUACCACCGAUUCAAAUCACCAUACAUCAUUUCAAGUAUCGACGAAUUAAUACAACUGGAAACUGACGGGUCAAAAAAUAUUUAUAUUCUAUUGCCAUUUUUCCAAAAGUCUUUACAGGACAUCAUCAAUGAGUUGGUUUUAAAUAAUUCUAAAAUGGAGGAAUCUGAAAUUCUAAGAGUUUUUAUUGGUACUUGCCGUGGGUUGAAAGUUAUGCACAACCACAAAAAAACUGCAACUUCAACAACACGAUUGGAUGAUGAUGAACAAGACGUGUUAUUGCCAACUAGUGAGGAUGACGAAUAUGAAGAUUUUACCAACAGCACCGACAACAACAACAACAACAACGUCCAGAUGCAAGAGUUGGUUCCAUUUGCUCAUCAUGACUUGAAGCCAGCGAAUGUCAUGUUAUCCGCUGAAGGGUUGCCAGUGCUUUGUGACUUGGGAUCGUGUUCAAGAGCAAGAAUAUCGGUCCGCAAUCGUCAACAAGCCUUGACUGUACAGGAGUUUGCCCAAGAACACUGUACUUUACCGUAUAGAGCCCCAGAGUUGGUUGAUGUUGCCACUAAUUGUGAAAUUACGGAAAAAACCGAUAUCUGGUCAUUAGGAUGCUUAUUGUAUUGCUGCUGCUUUGGCUAUUCUCCAUUCGAGAAACUAGAGAUAGAACAGGGUGCUAACUUAAACUUGGCUAUCUUACAAGGAAAAUAUGAAAUACCGAAAGGCAACAAUGGCUACGACCUGAAAUUGAUUGAAUUGAUAAAAAAGUGUUUACAAUUAAACCCAGACAGUAGACCUGAUAUAGACGAAUUGUUAAAUGACGUCUUGGAAUUAACGAGACAGUUAGGAACGUAA